AUGCACUUUCCAUCGCCCCAGGGAGGAGCGUCCCUAAUCCUGUCUUUCCACCUCCAAACACGAACGACACUCAUCAUUGGGUCUGGAACGCUUGCUGCAUCUCGCGCUUUUGCCGCCCUUGAGGCCGAUUCGAACGUUCUUAUUGUUGCCCGCGGAGGAACAGAAGCUGUAUGUCAGGAGCUGAAAUGGAGGGCUGAGCAGGGACAGCUAGAGGUUGUGGAUUGGGAUGGUGAACACGAAGACACUUUGGAAAGCUACCUCGCUUCGACGAAGCACAACAUCAGCCUUGUCUGUGUAACUGACACUCUAAUCGGCCCGGAAAGGCGGUCGAGAGAGUCUGCACAACGGAUAUACCGACUCUGUCGCGCCAGGGGAAUCCCAGUCAACACCACAGACAUGCCAGACCUCUGCGACUUCAGUUUUUGUGCUGCUCAUCGAUUCACCACCACGGAUGAGAAGCGGUCGGCACUCCAAAUUGGGGUUACUACCAAUGGACGCGGUUGUAGGCUGGCCAGUCGCGUCAAACGCGAGAUUGUUGGGCUAUUACAGAAGGAGCUUGGUGCGGCGGUGGAAAUGGUUGGGGUUAUGCGAAAACUAGCAGCUGGGAACCGCGACGAGUCUUGUGAAGAGCCUGUAACUCCGAACGAGCCUGUUUCCCCAAGGACGGCAAUCGCUGAAACGGAAGUGGAGACAGCAGCACGGAGAAUGAAAUGGGUUGCGCAGGUCAGCGAAUACUGGCCCAUUCCACGACUUGCCACCAUGAACGAGCAAGACAUGCAAGCGGUGCUGUCUGGAGAGUUUUCAGACCAUGUUCCCAAGCCAACAAUACAUGAUCUUUCCAACCCUCCACCAAUCGGUCGAAUAUUUCUCGUUGGAUCAGGCCCAGGUCAUCCAUCCUUGCUCACAGUGGCAGCCCACCGACUACUCACAACCAUCCCCGACCUUGUUCUCUCCGAUAAACUUGUCCCCUCUGCCGUUUUGGCCCUGAUUCCCCCAACUGUCGAAGUCCGCAUUGCUCGCAAGUUCCCAGGCAAUGCAGACGGAGCCCAAAGCGAGAUGAUGGAAGCUGCUGUUGAGGCUGCGCACAAAGGAUUAACCGUUGUUCGGUUAAAGCAAGGUGAUCCGGUUUUGUAUGGACGAGCAGGCGAAGAGAUCCUGUACUUUCGAGCCCGUGGAUUCGAGCCGGUUGUUGUUCCCGGUGUUUCAAGUGCGCUUGCUGGCCCGACCUUCGCGGGAAUCCCAGUCACCCAACGCGGGGUUGCGGACGCAUUGAGUGUCUGCACUGGCGUUGGUCGGGCCGGGAAAGCCGGGUCUAUUCCUAUCUACGAACGGGCGAAAACAGUCGUGCUACUAAUGGGCAUCGCGAGAUUGGCGAGUCUGGUCGAAACCAUGCUUAUCAAAUAUCCCGCAAAUGUACCUGUGGCCAUUGUCGAGCGAGCAUCCAUGCCAGACCAGCGGGUCCUUGUCUCCACGCUACAACAUGUCGUUGCUGCGCUGGAUAGUCUGGGGGAACAACGCCCGCCCGGUAUCCUGAUUGUCGGUUGGGCAGUGUUGGCAUUGUGGGGACCUGGGGACGAUUCAGUCCUCGAUGAAGGUGCUGACGCUGAGGACAGCUCUCGUAUCAGAAGAUGGCUGGGGUCUGACGUCGACUGGCGAGUAACCGAAGGACUGCCAAAUGGAUGGGACUCCCUGUGA